ACACCUUCAGGUCACUGAAGGAUGUGUCUGUGCACUGUGUCUGCUGCAUGCUGGGUCGCCUACUUCUAAAAUAUGUCAUGAAAAAUGCCCACUCAUCACGAACAGCUGAAACCUCAGCUACAGAUCUGACUCUGAAUCUGUGAUCUCCAUAGAGAAUGAUGAUGUUUCUUUUUACAUUAAAUAAUUAAAAACUGAAGCAGGUGAUUUAAGUGGAUGCCACAAUGGAUGUCAAACUGGAUUCGACAGAUAUGAAUGAAAAGAUGGGUGAUGGAAGUGAAGGCAAAUCAAAGUUCCAUGACUCACUAACUAUUGCCUCAAAGCUGCCCAUCAUACCUGACAACUCUAUCGCAGGUCCAACAGGAUCUUUGACUGAAGUCACCAGUUUUUCAGAGCAGAUCUCCACCGAGGACACAGAAUUAUCUUCAACUGUGAAUGUAUUCCCCAAAGUAAUAGAAAUCAACCUGCCUGAUAACCUAAAAGGUGGAGUGACCAGAGCAGUAUCCAUCUGUGGGCCAUGCUCUGUGGAGCAAGAGCAGCCAAAGCCUCUAUGUGCCCUGCUGCCUUCCUCUAUGGAGGCCUGCACAGUCUAUGAAGUGAGUCAGUCAAUCACAUCAAUCAGCAGGAGUCAAGAAAGCCUCAAAAUCACUACUGUCCGCACUGAGCCAGAUGGUGAUGACCUUUGUGCUGCAAUCCUUUUGGCCUGCCUCUUCUGUCAUCCAUUGGACUGUUUAUUGGCCAUGAUGAGAGGAUGUAACGAGUGUGUUUGGUCGCUAUGCUCAUCCCUGUGCGGCUGCGAGCUCCGCACCCUGCAGCCUCUCUUGGACAUCACCCACCACUGUGACCUCUGUGGGUGUCUGGGUGUUCGCUGCUUCCUGUGCGACUGUCCUGCCUGCGACAUCUGCCUUCAGGCUACAGAGUGCCUGGACCUCGCUCUGGAAUUCUCUCAAAUGCUUUACCACUAAUGCUGACUGUCAGCAAAUAACCACAUCCAGACAUAAACCAAUGGGAAUCAUUUAUUUGUUAAAAUCUUCCAAAAGCCAACUUAUAGGGGCAAGACCAUAGACUGUAACAGUCUAUGGGCAAGACACAAAUUCUACCUGUUUAUGGUUAACAAUGUCAAUGUUAGCACUCAAAUAUGUCAUGGUAAGACAUGGUUAAUAUCAUGGAGAGUGAUUAAGUAUGAAUGGAAACAGCUGACCAUACAGUGCUGCUCAUGAGUAUAGGAACCCAUGCUAAAGUUGACUAAAAAGAGGAAUAAAAAAAUCAUCUUUUGGAAAUUGAUCUUAAUGCCUUAAUUGAAAAAAUU